CACACAGAUAUACACACAUACAGGGGAUUACAGUGGCAGUCGAAAAGUUGUCCCUCUGCUUUCUACGAUCGCGACGGAGUCCGGCGAUUUUUGCACGAGGUGGAGGAUAGAUGAUGCCGUCGAAGAAGAUGGAUGAGAAGCCAUGCCUAUGGAAUAAAAAAGUUACUGAGAAGACGUUAGCAGCUGAUCAAGGAAAUGGAACUGAGGUGCAGGAAUUUAUGACACUGAAAGGAGAUCUAGAAAGAAAUCUUGCCAAGAAACAAGAGAAAAUUGCGCAAGAAGCUAUUGCAGGUGGUGAUCUAUGCUGGGAAAAAGCCAAGAUCGAAGCUGUUUCUUCCAAGAAAGAUCUCGUCCAUGUUCAACAACAGAGAGCUGCUUCAGAGGAGGAGCGAUCAGCACGAUUGGAAGCGGCAUUGAAUGAUUGUACGCAGCAGUUACAUUUUGUCCGAGAGGAUCAGGAGAAGAGAAUCCAGACAGCCGUGGUAAAAGCAUUGGAAGAACUAGACAAAACACGGUUAGCUUUAGAGCAAAGACUAGCCGAGGCUGGUAAGAGGAUUGUGAAACUAGAUUCAGACAAUACACAGCUGAAGAAAGCCGUGUCCGGAAAGGACAAAGUGAUCCAAGACUUAAGCGAAUACAGGUCUCAGGUGGAAGCUGAUUUCAACGCACUUACAGUGAGGAUCGAUUCGACCGAGAAAGAAAACUCUUCACUCAAAUACGAGGUUCGUGUUCUCGAGAAGGAGCUCGACAUCAGGAAUGAGGAAGCAGACUUCAACCGUCGAGCAGCCGAUGUGGCUCAGAAGAAGUACAAGGAUAGUCUACAAAAAGUCGCAAGCCUCGAAUCCGAAUGUCAGAAGCUGCGUAGCCUUGUCCAAAAACGGUUGCCUGGCCCUGCUGCCUUGACAAGGAUGAAGAACGAGGUCGAAAUCCUCGGCAGGGACCACAUCGGAUCAAUAAGGAAAAAGACUACCUCCUUGUGUGGCUCGCCGGACUUCUCUGCCGAUGCGCCAAGCAAAGGGAUCGGUUUUCUUACCGAGCAGUUGCAAGCUGUCGAAGAGGAAAACCGAACUCUUCGACAUGCACUCACUAAAAGGUCGACCGAACUACAAGCUUCUAGAAGCAUGUACGUUCGCGCCGCCUCCAGGUUCUCGAGAGGUGACGAAUCAGUAAAAAGUUUCUUACAGGAUCGCUCUGUGACAACUCUAUCUGAUGCAGGCAGUGAAGACAAAGCCAGCUGUGCAGAGUCAUGGGCUUCGGCUUUAAUCUCGGAGCUCGACAACUUCAAGAAUGAGAAACAGUUAGGCUCGUCGCCGUCUCAUGGAAACAUGGGAGGUUCAGAAAUGUACCUAAUGGAUGACUUCGCCGAGAUGGAAAAGUUUGCUGUGGAUUUGGUCGGAAGCUCCCAUGAUUCGUCUGAAGAAGGUAAUCCGGUUAUUGGCUUGUCCAGUGAAACAACAGGGAAGUCUCAGAAUUCUGCUGCAUAUGAUGCAAGAAACAACGGCGAUAUCUCAUCCAUGUCGAUAAACAAAGUUGUGAAGAUCCUUGAAGGACUAAGUAAGUGUGUGGCCGAGUCUUUAUCAGACAAGGAUGAUGGCGGCGAGGUUUUAUCUUGUAAGAAUCUGGAAGCUGGGUUGGAAGGCUACUUUGUUCGAGUUGUCAGAUGGAAAGCGGAUGAGCUUUCGGACAUUCUGCAGCAAUCUGUUCGGACUUGCAAUGAAUUGUUGAAUGGAGAGGCUGAAGUCCCACAGUUUGCUGAGCUUGUGGCUUACAUUUUGGAUUGGGCUGUGAAUCACUGCUUUUCCUUACAGGAUUUUUUGAGCAUGGACAAAAAAUCGAGCAUCAAAACUGAUGUAGACAAUGCUGAUCUCUCCAGACAUACAGAAAGAGAAGAAAUGUCAUGUACAAUGAAGGAAGCUACAAGAUUGUCUGUUGCGCCGCCGAGCAAUAUGGAGCCUCCUGUUACCGAUUCAAAUGGUCUGCUUCGACCGGGAGAUGGCUGGAACGAAUUCGAAUCCUUGAAAGACAUAACCGAGAAGUUGGAAUCAGUGAGGCAAUGUGAAUUUGAGGCGGAUCAAAUUGAAAACCAGACAUCAGCUAAAGAUGACCUUCUUCUGAGUGUCCCAUGUAGUAAUAACCAAAACAUUCAUACAAGCAUGACGAUCACCAAAGCUCUCGGAGAUGGACAAACCUCGGAAGAUCCACUUCAAAAUGAUCAGGAGAUAAAUGCAGCUUCAAGAAAGUUAGCUGAGUGCCAAGAAACCAUCCUAAAUCUCGAGAAGCAAUUUAAGGCCCUGGCUUCGCCCAACGGCUUUAAAAAGGAUGCAUUGAUUUCUAUUGCUAACCCGACGACUCCUCGGAGAAGCAGCAGCAGCCAGCGUUUGUCCCUUCUGGACAACAUGUUAGCCGAAGAUAAUAAACAGACAAGCUUAGAGUGUUCAAGAAAAUUCACAAAGGAUCCGAAGGAGGUCGACAGUGAUGUGGGGAGCACGGCCCCUUCCGGGGCCAUAGUCCCUGUCAAGAAAAAUGGAGGCAAAGGUUUCUUGAAGAAGUUGUUUAGGUGGCAUAAGAAAGGUAAGAGCAAGAAGACACUCCCAUUUUCUUGACAAGGGACAAUGGUGGUGUGGUAUUAGUACAUCAAAUAAACUUGUAUCAUUGAUUAUAUGAUAUUUUGUUUGAUUCUAUAUUUUAUCAUUGAGUUGCAAUUAUAUGGGAAAAUGGAAGAAGUCACACGUUUACUUGUGGUUAAAUUAC